ACGUAGUUUUCCCUUCGUCCAAUCUCACCGUUGCCCUGGGCAACAAUCGGGCGGUCUGGGAAGAGAGGCGUCUGUAAGUAGGCCCGAAAAAGGACCAAAGGUGACCAGUCAUCCCAGGAAAAAACUUAGCUGUAUCCAACAAUUCAGAUAUGGCGGAAGUGAAGUCAAUGUUCCGGGAAGUUCUUCCAAAACAAGGGCAGCUGUCUGUGGAAGAUAUAACCACAAUGGUGCUGUGUAAACCCAAACUUUUACCCUUAAAAUCUCUGACUCUGGAAAAAUUGGAGAAAAUGCAGCAAGCAGCCCAGGAUACAAUUCGCCAACAAGAAAUGGCAGAAAAGGAACAACAGCAAAUAACUCACUGAAUGAUAAUUUAGCACUUCUACAGAAUACCCUUAGUAUUAACAAUAGCUAGAAAAUAAUUUGCACCUGUAUGCUGAGAACAGUGUGUGUUAAUAAAACUGAUAGUGCUUAUACAUAAUAUAAAAAUACCCAAGACUAAUGAAACUUGUAUUGUGAAUUUAGACACUGUGGUUUGUAUUGAACAUAAGCAAUUAAAAAAACUUUGAA